GCUUUCGGUUGCAGUGACAAAUUGCACGUGACCGCUUGCCCACUACCAUACCGUAUAUCUUCCAUGGAUGAACAGCUCUUCCAUUUCCGUGGGAUGAGUCCACCAAGUUCACUAAAUCCACCAAAACUGAACGUGAAUGAUGGAACCCACGAAGCAGAGAUACUUCCCCACAUGGCAACUGUUCCUUCUGGGACUAUGCCGCAUCGCCGAGCCAGUCGCUCUGACUUCCCCCCUCCCGUACGCAUAUGACUUGAUGGUACAUCUGCUGCGCAAUGGCGACAACAGCAACGACAGCGGCAACAACCCCGCUGCGUUCUACGCCGGGCUCUUUGUGGCGGCUUUCUCCGCGGCGGAGACGCUGACAGGGUUCUGGUGGGGGGCGCUCUCCGACCGGAUCGGAAGGAAGCCCGUCUUGUUGCUGGGGUGCGCUGGCACCGUCCUAUCCAUGUUUGUGCUGGGCUUUGCGACCAGCAUCUGGAUGGCCAUUCUUGCCCGGGCGCUGGGGGGCGCCUUGAAUGGGAAUGUCGGGGUGGUCCAGACCAUGGUGAGUGAGAUGGUCAGUCGCUCGGAGCAUGAAGCACGGGCGUAUGCUGUCAUACCGUUCUUUUUCAGCAUCGGAUGCACAAUCGGUCCGGCCCUCGGGGGGCUAUUGGCGCAGCAGCAGCUGAACCUGGGAGAACACUUUCUCAGCUCCUUGCUGCGUCAGUAUCCCUAUCUGCUGCCCAAUAUGGCCUGUGCGGCGAUGGUUCUGUUCACGAUGGUGUUGGCGUGGUGCGCUCUGGAUGAGACUCAUCCGGAGUUGAGAUUGAAGCGCACAGAUGAAUCACAGCAACCAGAACCAGCCCAGUCUGAAAGUUCACCCCUCCUUCGACAGCACCUCCAGACCAGUGCGGAUUCUGCUGCUGCCCGUGCUCGUGCGCUGACGGAGGGAGUCGCUACUGCUACUCCCAGCUUCUCGCUGUGGAGUCUGAACCGCAACGUCAAGAUGCUGAUCAGCGCCGUCUGCUUGCUGAGUGCCCAUACCGUCACCUACAUCCAGCUGCUGCCCAUCUUCCUCCGGACCCCGCGCGAUCCCAGCGUGCCGCGGUACUACCUCGGCGGGGUGGGCGGUCUCGACAUGAGUCUGUCGACGGUGGGUCUGGUGAUGGGCAUCAACGGGAUCAUCGGCCUGGGCAUUCAGUUGCUCUUCCCCGUGUGCACGGACUGGUUCGGCCUCCGCCGGACGUUGCUGGUCAUGACCUUCCUCCACCCGGCCGCCUACUUCUGCCUGCCCUAUCUCCCGUUCCUGCCGGCGCGCGGGUGGCGGCCUGUCGGCCUGUGGACCUGGCUGGUGGUGCGCAAUGUCUUCUCAUCGUUCAGCUACCCGGCCCUGUUGAUCUUCAUCAAGCGGUGGACGCCGGAUCCGCUGAUCCUGGGGCGGGUGAACGGGCUGGUGACGAGCGCGGGCGCGGCGUGCCGGACCUUCUCCCCCACCGUUGCGGGCCUGUUGCAGAGCAUCGGGGAGAAUCACCAUUUCAGUGCGUUGGCGUGGUGGGGCUCCGGGGUGAUUGCUUUGCUUGCGGCGGUGCAGACUUGGUACGUGGAGUUGGACGAUGAGGAGGGGGUUACGGAGGCUUGCUGAUGCUGUUGCAUGUCCUUGUUCCAGCGUAUAGUCGAAACUGCUCUACGUUGCUUGUGAUCAUCGUCCGACUUUCUGGCAGGCUGCAUACAUUUCUAGUCCAUGUACCUACAGUCUACUACCAUCUUGAUGACAGAUAAAGACAGAUACUCCUUCGAAUAACACAAACCACCAUUAACGAC